AUGGCCGACAAUGACAAGUCAGAAACCUCUGGCGAGCCUCAAGGCCGCCAUGUAACCUACUGCGGCGUCUGCACCCUUCCCCCAGAGUACUGCGAGUAUGGCGGCACUGUCAAGAAGUGCCAGGACUGGCUUGAGAAGCAUCACCCCGACCUGUAUGCCAGAAUAUGGUCGCCAGAGGCUCUAGAGGCAGCGACUGCAUCUCUCUCCGUUGACGCCCAGAAGCGAGCCGCCAAAGACGCACAGAAGAAGGCCGCCAAGGCUGAGGCUGCCGAGGCCAAACAAGCCGACAAGUUGGCCAAGAGUGUCGUCACCAUCAAGAGAAUCGAGCGCAACAAGAGAAAGUACGUCACGUCCGUCUCCGGCCUGGAGUCAUUCGGUCUGGAAAACAAAAAGGUCGCCAAGGAGUUCGGUAAGAAGUUCGCGACUGGCUCAUCUGUCACCAAGACCCCAAGCGGCGGCGAGGAGAUCGUGGUACAAGGCGACGUUAGUGACGAGAUUGAGGAGUUUUUGUUGGAGAAGUACAAGGAGAUACCCGAGGACAAUAUUGAACUGGUGGAGGACAAGAAAAAGAAGGCCAGCGCGCCGGCUUAA